AUGGCUUUAUGGUUGGAGGAAAUAAAGAAGUUCCACUCACAAAUGAACAUUUUAAUUCAGUCAUCACAGAGUGACAUUGACUCUUUAGUGACUUUCAUCUCAUCGAACACACCGCAGUUUAGUAGUCACUUUGAUUCAAAACUAGCUUCCUUACUGGAACGAGCAACCAAAAACAGUUUUGAUGGCUUAUCUGAAUUACGCAGACUUAGAGAUGAAAAUAUAAAUACGCAUCGUGGUUAUUUCAAUUCGGAUAGCGUUAUCCAUGAAGUCGAUAAUUUGAAUUUAUUCAUCUGUGAUCAAGGUGCUGAUGGAGUAACUGCCUACAGCUGGGCCUUAUUGGACUAUGUUUUAAGUAUCGCAAGCAAUUCACUUGCUCUUGAGCUCGAGUUUGACGAAUGGAGUGAAGCCAGUAGCUGCCGAAGUGAUAGAAGUAACUCAAAAGCUCUUCCGCUAGAUCCACUCAGUACCUAUGCAGACUGCUUAGUGAAUUUAUUCACCGUUCUUGGUCACCAGCCUACUGGCGUUUGGAACUUCAGUGCUGGUUAUGAAGCAGACGUAAGAAGAGAACUAUCGUUUCUUUUAGCUGUCAGGGAUUCCGUUUCUUGUAUAAGUCAGUUGCAUGCUAAUCUAACAAGACUACUUGUUCCUGAAGCCAUGACGGCCCUUAUAACAGCGAAAGUUUCCAUGGUGAGCGAUUUCUGCAGAUUCGUUAUGCGUCACAUAAACGAGUCAAAUACAAGUAAUCUCAAAAAACUCGUAGAUGAUUUCAUUUUAAAAGAUCCAGUCUCAGAUAACCAAGGUGAUUUGCAACUGCAUCAUGUUCUUGUUGCCGUUCACCUUGCUCUCACAAACGCCACUGCUCAAAUGGAGGAGAUAGCUGAACGAGUUCGUUCAUGUACCAUUACAGCUUUGACAUGGUACUAUGUUGAUAUUAUUUCCCAAGUAACCAAUGUUCUUGUGCCAAAGAGUUUAGAAGGUGCGACAUCUUUGUGGAAAUGGGAGUUAAGUAGAUCGAGCCGACUAUCAGGAGUAGUUACGCCCUGUUCAUGGACUGACGAAAUAUAUACCUCUGGGAUGAUGGCACUUGUUUCCAUACUUGAAGAUGGACUAAUCCACUGGAAUGCAAUACAUCAUGGUUCUGUAAAUAAAGUCAGCGAUUUGAAUUUACAACCGUUCAAUGAUCCAAUAAAUUAUUACAUUGGUCGUUUGUCAUCGCGUAUUGCAUUAGCAAGCAUGGUUGGAUUAGCAUCCGGCCGUCUUUUCUGUGCACUUGUAGAAAAUACAGGACUGUCUAUUCGCAGGCUGCUAGCUGAAAAUGAGCCGCCAAAUAAUGCAGGCGGUAUGCCAGAUGUGUUAAUCUUAUCUGCAGAAAAGAUAAUUGAAAGUGUUAAUGUACACAUGUCAAUUACUCAGUCAAUCAAUGUGCAACAUCUCAGGGGUCCUGCUGCUAACCUUAUUCAUCGACUCGUUACUCGUUCAGAUCAAGAAAGUCAGUUUUCAGUCGGUGUGGCUGCACUCGAAGCAGCAGAACAACAUUACAAACAUCUUCGUUUGAGCAUGUCAGCGUACAAUUGGAGGCAUAUGACACAAGAAGAUGAGAAGUCGGCGCCUUACCAACAUGAUCCAUGCUUUUCUUUAGCAAAUGUUCUUGAUUCAAUUAGAGAUGCCGCAAAAUCAGAAAGUGUAUCCACUGAAGGGGUGUUCGGAGUGUCGGCGGACUCAAUCGCUUUCUCUAUCUGUUACAUUGAAACAUGGAGAGUCAAUGGUCUUAGCAAAUGUCCUUCAUUCUUAAAAUGCAUGGAUUUGGUCAAUGAACUAAAGGCAACGAAAGAACAGAGAGAAAAACUUACGUCGGAGUUUAGUGAAUUGGAUAGGGUUGUUUGUACAAUCAAGGAUGCCUAUGCAUUAGAUUGGCCAAUACUCAACUGGCUUCCUUCAUCUGCACUCAGUGACACAAAUAUGAAAUCCGAUUUGUUUGAUCGUUUUAAAGAUGACCUUGAUUCAGCAGAGUUGGCAGUCAAAAAAUUACAACAGCGUAUGACGCUUAUAAAACAAGAAUUCAUCGAUAUGUGUUCGAAAUCGGGUUCAGCGAAUGAUGAUAACGCUAACAAUUCAUCAUUGCCUGUUGUAGUAUCAAAACGAGCCAGUCGUAACUUACAUGAUUCAAAGUCAAAUAAACUGUCUGUUCUACAGCCCUCAGUUUCACCAUCUUUGAGUUCUGAUAUCUCAAUGAAUUCUAAACAACCUACAAUACUAACGUCACUGCGAUCUCAUUUGAGUACAUUACAAAAAGAAAAAUUGUCUGACAUUCGGCAACUUGUUAAGUGUCUCAGCCGUUAUGAUUCUAUCCGAUCAUCUUUAUUGUCCUCCAACCAGAUUUCAGUCAACGAAGCAUGCUCACCUGCAUCAAAUUGGAGCGUUUGGCUAGAUAAUCAUCAGAAUUGGACUACACUGGUCGUAAAUAUGCUAAAGAAUCUUUCAAAAUUAAUUACGUCAUUUUCCGUAUCAUCGAAGAGUUCUGUUUCCGAGUCAGAAUCAGUUUGUGAAGGAAUAGAUGAGACGGAAUUAGCAAUGACUCUCAAUGAAGAAUGCGUACUUGUUAAAUAUAAGCUUAUAGUGGAAUUGAUUUUACCACUCUUGAUUGAAGUUAAUGAACAUGUUACUUCCAAUUCAUAUCUAUACAAUUCCCUUAAAGGCUUUUUGCAGAUGCUCAAUACACACUUCAAAACUAUUGAGGAAACUUUCCUAAGUGAAAUUAAAGAGUUAGCAAUAGAAAAUGUACAAUCAGUAAAUACAGAAAAAGUAAAACAGAAGACUGUCUCGGGAAGGUCACUGAACAGGAUGGCUUUAUCUGUUUGGAAUCGAGUUUAUGAUCGUUUGCAUGGAUUCGAUUCGUUUCUUCCUAUGGCUGAUGUGAAUGAACCGAUGUCAGUAUGCGCUCAAAUCGAUGCAUGCAUUCGUCAAGCCACUGAUGUUGAUAACCUCGCUCUCAUGUAUGAAGGAUGGACAGCAUGGGUGUGA